CCUAACAUUAGAUGACGGCAAUAAUUUUGUUUUAGAGAAGUUUCCACAUUAAGAUAUUGAAAUGAUUAUGAAUGAAAAAUAUCCUCUUAUAUUUGGUGCCCUUGUGUUUGGAGUGACACUUGGAGAUAAUGCUGGCACUACAGCUCUACUGGGUGAUACUGAACCUGACCAAGUUAUCAAGACUCUGAUAUCUCCAGGUGGGGAGAUCUAUGAGCACUUGAUGGAGGUGAUCAAUGCCACAUAUGGGUAUCUCGUCUCUCAGAAAGAUGUAUGGGAAGAUUUUGAAAAUGAUCACGAUAUCUAUGAAAUAAACAUGGGUAAAAUUUGGACAUUGAUUUCUAACAGUAGCGGAUCAAUUAAAUCAAUACUUUUUAGCCUUGCUCUUGCUGCUGAUUAUGCUGUAUGGUAUCAAUCUGAUAAGCGACAGAAACUUGAGGGCGAGGCUGGUCAAAUUGCUUACAACUUGAAAGUUGAUAUGAAUGACAUUUUUCACGACUUCGAUAUACCAACAAGUUUCAAACAGUAUGAUGAAAGUAUUUUCAGAUCUUUGCUCGAUCUUCGUAUUGAAAUAAGGGAUGAUUAUUGUGGUUGUCUAAAGAAUGGCUCGUAUAAGACACUGUAUGCAGAAAUGAAAUCACUACAGAAAAGAGCCAUUGGCUGGAGUAUCAUAAUCCAAGAAGCAAGAAGGAAAUAUUUCAAAGGAAUGCCUAACCAAUCUUUACGUCUUGCUGGCUUAAAGGCUGUUCUUGCCGCCCGUUAUGCAAAAGAAUUUAACUACAGAUUAGUCCAUUCAAGAUUUCCAAAUGUAGUAACAAAUAUGAUCACCAACGUGAAAAAGGUCAUUAAACAAAUGCUUUGGUUAUGGAAAAAGUACAAGAUUGAUGUAGAUACAGAUAUAGAUUUGAGUCUAUUCUACAUCAAAGGACCUAAAGAUGGAGUAACAAGAAGUCCAUAUAACAUUGACGAACUUCAAGAGGAAGCAAAAUGUGUACCCUCAUCACCUGAAUGGGUUGCUUGGGAGAUGUUGUUCUAUCAGGGAUAUAACUUUAAAAUGUUGCCACUUCCGUCAAUCAAUUAAUAUUGUAUUUUUAGAGAUUAUUACUGUCUUUAGAAUAAAUAUAGAACUACAGAUAUGAAAUACA